AUGUCUUUGCCUCCGGCGGCCCUGCCGGGGGCUGGGUGGACGCCGCUCGUCUCUGCCUGUGUACACGGGCAUGCUGAUACGGUCGAAACACUUCUUCAAGCAGGUGCUGAUGCCAGCAUCCCUGAUCGGCAAGGAUGGCUCCCCAAGGAUCAUGUUGCGUACAGGGGCAACAUCAAAAUUAUAAACACCAUCAAAGCACGCGGUUCACCCUCCCUGAGUUCCAAGCCCGGGAAGCAACUUGGUGAAGCAAACAUUCUGCCACGACGCUCCUCUACCGACUCGGUCAUCUUCGUCUACCUAGGGACGCUGGACCUAUUCAAGAAGGUAACUGAGGUCGACGUUACACCAUACAGAAGACGCAUAUCACCGGUUCAGAUACCCGACACGUGUCUAGAUCUUGGUAUCUAUCUUGUCGGAGACCACAACCAACAAGAGCACAAAGUCUCUCUUCCGGUUAUUUCGGAAGUCUCUGACCGGCCCUGGUGCGUCACAGCUAGGGAUCCGGACAGCGCAGCCAUUGUCUUCAAGCUCACUAGUUCUCUGAAGGAAAAGCCCAUUGGAACAGCCGUCGCACUCCUUGGCAGACUGAAAGAAGGUCUGGGAGCCAACCGCGAGAGCCUGAUCAGGGACUCCACCAUACCUCUUGUCAGUGACAAAUAUGGCCACGUCGGAACCGUAGUUUUCACAUUUGUUGUCGCCCGUCCCUUUAAGCAGGGGCAACUCCCGCCCAGAGAUCCCCAGAUUCUGAAACUGGAGUCCUCAUCGACUAUCGGCGGCCAUCGCGGGAAUGGACAAAACGAUAACUUGCCCUACUUACAAGUUGGAGAGAACACGCUUCAGUCCUUCCGAACCGCGAUUGACCACGGGGCUAACGUUGUCGAAUUUGACGUUCAGUUGACCAAAGAUAAUAUUCCCGUCAUUUACCACGAUUUUCUCGUAGUCGAGAAGGGCUCUGAAGCACCUAUGCACACACUUACCCUCGAGCAGUCCACGGCCAUCAACGAUGCGAAGUCUAUCUCAAAGCCGCCCCACGGUCCGCCCAAAAGAUUGCCAUGGGAUGAGCGUGACCGCCCCCGUGCUCUUCUUAGCUCGCGACGCAGAUCACUCUGCGCACCACUGGACAGCGCCACGGAAGCCCUCGUCAGCGAGAUAGAAUUCACUCUAAAUCACCCUGACUACAAACCAAAUCUCCGGAGCCAUAGCAUCCGUGAGCCCUUCGUCACUCUUGAGGAGCUAUUCCAUAGCCUACCGGAGGAAGUCCCGUUUGACAUAGAACUGAAAUACCCAAUGCUUUACGAAGCAGUUGAUUCUCAGAUGGACAUGAUUGAUUUCAUAAGGCAGAUACUGAUUAAUCGUAGAGUUGUCCAACAAUUCGCCUAG